GUGAUUUGAAUAUCCUGUGGGCGGGGCUGUGUAGCUGGAUGGGAGUAGUGGAUUUGAUCCCUUAUGUUUUAACCGUUUAUAUGCGCGAAUCCAGGCCAAGGAUCUUCACAGAUCAAACUUGAGUCUCAGCUUCUUCUUCUGGAACACUAAAGUCAUGGCAGCAAAUAAGAGCAAAAGCCAGAGCUCCCUGGCUCUGCACAAGGUGAUCAUGGUGGGCAGCGGUGGCGUGGGCAAAUCAGCUCUGACGCUGCAGUUCAUGUACGACGAGUUUGUGGAGGACUACGAGCCCACGAAGGCAGACAGUUACCGGAAGAAGGUGGUGCUGGACGGAGAGGAGGUGCAGAUUGAUAUUUUGGAUACGGCGGGGCAGGAAGACUACGCCGCCAUCAGGGACAACUACUUCCGCAGCGGCGAGGGUUUCCUUCUGGUGUUCUCCAUCACAGAGCCCGAGUCCUUCAGCGCCUCGUCAGACUUCAGGGAGCAGAUCCUGAGAGUGAAAGCGGAGGAUGAUAAAAUCCCUCUGUUAUUGGUGGGGAAUAAGUCUGAUUUGGAGGACAGGAGGCAGGUGUCUGCGGAUGAGGCCCGAAACAAAGCGGACGAGUGGUCCGUCCAGUACGUGGAAACAUCAGCCAAAACCAGAGCCAACGUCGAUAAGGUCUUCUUUGAUCUGAUGAGAGAGGUGCGGACGAAGAAGAUGUCCGAGAACAAGGAGAAGAACGGGAAGAAGAGCGGCAAGAAGAAGAAGAGUUUGAAAGAGAGAUGCACGCUGCUUUGAGCCACACACAAACAUCAAGCUUUCCUGCACUGAGCCCUUCUUCUGAUGAUGAGGAGACCAGAUCUUCCAGAUCUUCCUCCUCGAGCGGAUUUCUUGCCAAAUACAAUCGAACCAGAACCUUAAGCCACUGUGCCCACCUCAACUACAACUUUAAAGGACUUUUCUACCAGUUUUCCUUGUUGUUGUAAUAUUAAAUCAGUAGCGUAACUCUAAUCUGUAAGGCUUUGUAACUUUCCAAAAGUCACUUUUUUUAUACUCGAACGCAAGUUAUAUAUUUUUUAAGUAAAUUGUUGCAUUGAAUUAAAGGUUACAAAUCGUGACAAACUAUUUAGAAAUGAGUUCUGCUUGAAUUUCUCACAUGCAUGUAAAUCUUUCUGUGCUAAAUACUCUAUUUUAUCUGCCUUUCACUUCUUUUAAGGCAAAGGCAACCGACAUAUGCGAUAUGUAUUUGCUUUAUAUCGCUCAACACAGCUGAGGAUGAUGCAAACUGUGCGCUUUUAUUAUAAAACAGACACACAGUUGAAAGUAUAUUUUUGUAAUCAAAUCACUUUGUUUAUUGAUUUCUCUGCCUGGUGAUUAUAGACCAAAUAAACCUCUGAAUUUGUGA